CUAUCAUGGACGGGAGUGACGUCACAAAUCAGGUCGCUUAUGACACCAAAAGGACCAUCCUUCGAGAAUGUAAACAAACGUUACGUGUUGUUCCUGCUCCAGUCCUGCCAUCCAUCCCUAUGUUACGUAUCAUGGCAGAAGGGGGUGAAGUUGCCAAGGCCCUCAAGCACGUCUUAGAACGGGUGGCAGUUGCUACGCAGAAGAGGAAUCAAGAUGUUGCUGCUCUGUUCCCACAGCCUCGUUUGGUUGCAGUCAGCAAAACCAAACCUAAAGAAAUGAUUAUCGAAGCCUAUGCUUGUGGUCAGAGACAUUUUGGUGAAAAUUAUGUGCAGGAAUUAUUGGAUAAAGGUCAUGAUGAAGAGAUGUUAUCAACAUGUCCUGAUAUUAAAUGGCACAUGAUAGGGCAUCUUCAGAGUAAUAAAGUUAACAAGGUCGUGAGCGUACCAAACCUCUACUGUAUUGAGACAAUCGAUACAGCUAAAUUAGCUACAGCAGUCAACAAUGCAGCUGGUAAACACUUGAAAGAUGAAAAGCUCGUGGUGUUCGUUCAGGUUAAUACUAGUGGCGAAGAAAAUAAAAGUGGUAUCAAUCCCGAUAAUGUAAAUGAUUUGGUGAGCCAUGUAUUGAAGAAUUGCCCAAACCUUAAGCUGGCUGGUCUCAUGACCAUAGGAGCAUUUGAUCAUGAUCUCUCAAAGGGACCCAAUCCAGAUUUUCAGUCUUUACUCAAGUGUAGAGCUGAAGUUUGUGAAGCCCAGUGCAUGGAACCAAAGGAUAUAGAACUUUCUAUGGGGAUGUCUAAUGACUUUGAACAUGCGAUUGACGUAGGCAGCACCAACGUGAGGGUAGGCAGCACAAUAUUCGGUGCCCGUAACUAUCAAAAGUAGUCUUAGGCAUAGGUAUUUAAUUUUAAAUAUUGUGAUAUAUAGUAUCUUUUUUUGGUUUUAAAUUUUUAAUUGUUGGUUUUUUUUUAACAAAGUUACCUCUACCGUGAUACAUACAUUCUUCAUACAGGAAUACUAUGUAUUCUGUUUAAUUUUAUAGUGCAUCAUUAUGUACUACAGUUGUUAUUAACAAUGGGCUAGUCACAAAUAUGUUUUGAUUGUCAUUCAUGUCGAGUUUUUAUUGACCAUAAAAUUAAUUGGAAUGGAAAGUGGAUGACCACCAGUUCAGAUAUGGCCAAUUUCUUGAGAGAUUGACCCAAGAAAUAUUAAUCUUGAUUGAUUUCGAGCAUUUAUAGAUAAUAAAGUCAUAAGGGCAUGGAAGAGUAUAGGUUGAUUGUUCCUUCAAGCCUUAACCCUUCAUGGAUGGGUACCCUCAUAUGAGUAGCAAUAACAUGUUUUGGGUGGUGGAUGGAUUCACUCAUGGUGAGCAUCAAUAUUACAUGCCAUCGAUUUAGGGGAAUCAGGCGGAACAGAGAUUAUAUUACUUCUAUAGCACAUAAAUUCACUAAUGGCAACUUUUUUACUGGCUCAUCAACGAAGUAGGCGGCUCAUGAGUUGGUUGUGAUCUUGACUUGACUUCAAGGUGGGAUUUUGCAUUUCUCUUCCUUCCCAGGACAUCUUUUUAUUUAUUUGCUCUUAAGUAUACCCAGGGGUUGCUGUGGGUUUUAGUUCUUAUCUUUUAUGAUAGUAUGUCAGUUAUAUAUAAUUGUAAUUUUGCAAAAAAAUAUUAGGAAAACUUGUAUAAUCCUAAAAAGUUACUGCCUCAUCGAUCUCGGUAAAUUUACUUCAAUAUUUUACAACAAUUAUACUCAGAAUUUGUUACUGAUUUUAGUUCUUAUCUGUUUUGAUAUUGUAUGAGCUGUAAUUAUAAUUUUACAAAAUAAAAUAAUUUAUUAGAAAAAACAUGUAUAACUUGGUGAAAGUUUACGAUUGUUCUGUAAGAUAGGCCUCACAAGGGGUUGUAAAUAGUCUUUUUCUACUUCUUGUGGAAGGUAGGGAGAGUUUUUUUUAGUUUUUCUUAAACCAUAUGCAUUUGCACAUCUUUAUCUUUUCAUUGAUCCAUUGAUUUUUUUUCUUUUUCUUAAAUUGGCCGACCUCAAAAGUUUCCUUGGCCUGGGGUGCGUCAUGUUUUUUUUUUUUAGCCCCGGCUCUUUAAGGGAUGACAGUCUUCCAUUUAUUGUUGGUGCAGUUUGGCUAAGUAAACUUUUCAUAAUAACAAAAAUACUAAAGAGUUAUUGCUGCAGACAGGCAUUGUUUUAGCUUAUAUCCAGUAUGAUUGUAAGUCAAUGGUUUUGACAAGUUUAAUAAAGGGAAUAUGACCA